UACUUCAAAAAUAAAGUUUUCUCCAAAGAAUUUCAUCUGAAUGAGAGUGGUGAUCCAUCUUCAAAUUCCACUGAAAUCAAAUGGAAAUCUGGAAAGGAUUUGAUGAAACAUUCAAGUCAAACACAGAAUAAAUCCAGCAGGAAGAGACAGCAUGAGGAACCAGAGAACUUCCUCACCUGGUUUACUGACCAUUCUGAUGCAGGUGCAGAUGAGUUAGGAGAGGUCAUCAAAGAUGAUAUUUGGCCAAAUCCAUUACAGUACUACUUGGUUCCCAAUAUGGAUGAUGAAGAAGGGGAAGGAGAAGAGGAUGAUGAUGAUGAAGAAGAAGAAGAAGGAUUGGAAGAUAUUGAUGAAGAAGGAGAUGAGGAUGAAGGUGAAGAAGAUGAAGAUGAUGAGGGGGAGGAAGGAAAGGAGGAUGAAGGAGAAGAUGACUAAUGGAAUACUGAUGGAUUCCAACCUUCCUUUUUUAAUUUUCUUCAGUUCCUGGGAGCAAGUUGACGUCUUUUUUUUUCCUUUUUCUUUUCUCCUCUCAUGCUAAUUUGCCCUGUUUU